GUUUUGAUCUCUGUAUCUAUAUAAAGGAGGAGGAACACUGAUAAAAAUAGAGGGAGAAGAAUUCUCCUUUCUCUUCCUUCUUGAUCAGACCAAGGCUGAUAUCCUGGGCUGAAGGUAUGGCACUGAGGAGACUUCUGUUCCUUUUGGCAGGUUUGGCACAAAUAUGUGAUUCCCAACUACCAAGUCCUCGUGGAAAGAAAUUUGUCAUGGCUUUCAUGCAAGACCACCAGAAGUACCAAAGCAAUCCACCUGACAUUAAAUACCAGCUGCUCAUCACUGGUCAUCAUCACUCAACUGUUACCAAAGUGUCAGUAAGCAAGCAUAUGUUCUGGAGAACAUUUGUAAUCAACAAAGGAAAUACAGCAACAGUUAAAAUCCCCAAAACAUUUGAGAUGAGUGGAUCAAAUUAUUUCGAUAUGACUGUGUUCAUUGAAGCUAACAAAGACAUUUCAGUCUUUGCCCAGCAUGAGGGAGGGUCUUCGGUUGGCACUACUCUUGUGCUCCCAUUCCACCAGCUAGGUAGAGUGUAUCAUGUGGUAACUCCGAAUGUUAGCAACACAGAUGGUUUCAAGGAAUUUGCCAUUGUAGCUCAGGAAACUGCCACUGAAGUUGAUAUUUCCCUAAAAGGAGAUGUGCUAUUCAAUGGACAGGCUUAUCCUGCAGGAAGUAAACUUUCUGUUAAUCUUGAGGCGUUCCAAGCACUUCAGCUGCAAAGCUCAGAUGAUUUAUCAGGUACCAAAAUUGAAUCAAAAGAACCUGUGGCUGUCUUCAGCGGACACAGCUGUAUUAUGAAAGACAACGCCUGCAACCAGGUUUAUGAACAGCUGCUGCCCAGUUCAAGCUGGGGUGCCUUCUUCAUUGUCCCUAUGCUCCCUUUCCAAAACAGGGAUGGCAUACUGUAUAUAACAGCUUCCCAAAACACUUAUCUCAAAUAUCAACAUGGGGAUGUGCUCAGCUCCCAGACCCUGGAAUCUGGAGAAGUCAUGCAGUUAAACAAAUAUUCUUCUGAGCCAGUUUCUAUUUCCGCCAGUGCUAGAAUCCAGGUGCUUUACUUCUCCACUGGUGGUGAAAGCCAAGGCCAUGGACCAUUGCUACUCAAUAUCCCAGCGGUUACAAGCUUUUGCAAAUCAUAUGAUCUUCUUUCCAUGAAGCAGUUGGAUAAUUAUGCUAUCAUCGUAGCCAAAACCUCUGAUCCCAGUAGAAUCAGAAUUCAGAGGAAGACCUUGGCAAAAAGCCAGUGGAAAUCAGUCCCAGACACAGAAUACUAUUGGACUGAAUACAGCUUGGCUAGAGGAGGAGGGAUUCUUUCUUCAGAGGGUCUUCGUGUUCCACUUGGGGUCUUCAUCCUUGGAUUUUCACAGAAUGAUGGCUAUGGCUCACAGGACCAUUGUAUCACCUCUAUGACCUGUCCAGCCAACAGUCACUACGAAGUCUGCACUGACACUUGCUCCAACCACUGUGCCAACACCACAGAUGCUGAGCCAUGUCCAGAGACCUGCACGGAGGGUUGCCAGUGUGAUGAUGGAUUUUUAUUGGAUGGCAUUGAUUGUAUUCCCAAAGAAAAGUGUGGGUGCUUCAGCAACGGACACUAUUAUCAACGCAACGAGAUGGUUCUGUUGAAUGCUUGCAAGCAGCAAUGUACUUGCAUCCCAGGUGAGGGGCUGACCUGUACUGACCACAGCUGUGCCACUGAGGAGACCUGUGAGUCCCAAGAAGGAGUCAUGAGAUGUGUUCAGAAAGGAACUUGUCAUGUAACUUCCCGAGGGAAGAGUUUUGUUACUGCCUUCAUGCAGAAUUACAACCCUGGGCAAUCUGGUCAAAAGCUUGAACUGUACAUCUCUGGAUAUAAUUUUGCAACAAAUAUUAAAGUGUCGACAGGCAAUACGAUACUAUACAAAACCAUCAAUGAAGGAGAAGUCAUUUAUAUUCCAUUACCACAGUCCUUAGAAAUGGUGGGGAGUGACAAAUUUAAAAAGGCAGUGCUGAUUGAAGCUGACCAAGACAUUUCUGUCAUCUCCUACAACUACUUGCCGAUAACAAGUGAUGGAACAAUCACCUACCCCAUCCACCAGCUGGGACAGUUAUAUUAUGUGGUCACCCCCACAGGAAAUGGUGCAAAAGAAUUCGCUAUCAUAGCCCAUGAAGAUCUCACAACAGUGACCAUCCACCUGAAAGGCACUGUGAGAUACAAAAGCAAGGUUUACCGUCCUGGGUCCACCUUGGUGACUGAGCUCACGGCCUUUGAAGCAAUUCAGCUGCAAAGCUCAGAAGAUUUAUCAGGCACCAGGAUUGAAUCGACCAAACCUGUGGCUGUCUUGAGUGGACAUACCUGUGUUGUCAAGUUCACAUCCUGUGAUCAUGUUGUUGAGCAGCUCCUGCCAGUUCAGAGCUGGGGAACCACCUUCAUUGCCCCUCCUCUUCCUUUCCAGACACAAUAUGAUAUUGCGUAUAUUGUUUCGGCAGAGAACACUUUACUCAAAUAUCAGUCUGGCUCCAAAACAGAAUCCCGUACUCUUGUGGCUGGAGAAGUGGUUCAACUUGAGAUCCUGACUUCUCAACCACUUUUUAUCUCUGCUGAUGCUGGAAUCCAAGUCCUAUUUUUUUUUACUGGUGCCAAAAGAGGAGACAAUUUCUAUGAUCCUUUCCUCAUGAACAUCCCUGCCACAACAUGCUAUUGCAAUUCAUACCGCAUUUAUGGAAUGAAGGACUUCACAAAUCAUGCUAUGAUUAUAGCCAAAACGUCAGAGUCCGGUAGGAUCAAAUGGGGAGAACAGACGAUCCAGUGGACAAAGAUCCCAGGCACUGAAUAUUCAUGGGCUGAACAAGAUGUGGCAAUAACAGAUCGUGCCCAGCUAGUGGAACAUGAGAACUCUCAAUUUGGACUUUUCGUCUUUGGAGGUGGUAAAUCUGAUGGCUAUGGUACUCCUGCUCUUUGUUCUUCAGUUUCAAGCUGCCCAGUCAACAGCCAUUACAGGGUGUGUGCCAACCUGUGCCCCACUACUUGUGCCAAGAUCAAUGACCCUGAUCCAUGCUCAGAGACCUGUGUGACAGGAUGCCAGUGUGAUGCCGGCUUCUUCUUUGAUGGCCUUUCCUGUGUUUCUGUGGAAAGCUGUGGCUGUUCUCAAGAUGGACACAACUACAAGCCCCAUGAGACAGUUCUGCUGAAUACAUGCCAGAAAAAGUGUACUUGUGUUCCCGAUCAAGGGCUCCUAUGUGAGACCUAUUCUUGUGCCACUGAUGAAACCUGCAGCCUUCAAGAGGGAGUCCAGUCCUGUGUUAAGGUUCCAAGCUGCCCAGUCAACAGCCAUUACAGGGUGUGUGCCAACCUGUGCCCCACUACUUGUGCCAAGAUCAAUGACCCUGAUCCAUGCUCAGAGACCUGUGUGACAGGAUGCCAGUGUGAUGCCGGCUUCUUCUUUGAUGGCCUUUCCUGUGUUUCUGUGGAAAGCUGUGGCUGUUCUCAAGAUGGACACAACUACAAGCCCCAUGAGACAGUUCUGCUGAAUACAUGCCAGAAAAAGUGUACUUGCGUUCCCGAUCAAGGGCUCCUAUGUGAGACCUAUUCUUGUGCCACUGAUGAAACCUGCAGCCUUCAAGAGGGAGUCCAGUCCUGUGUUAAGGUUCCAAGCUGCCCAGUCAACAGCCAUUACAGGGUGUGUGCCAACCUGUGCCCCACUACUUGUGCCAAGAUCAAUGAUCCUGAUCCAUGCUCAGAGACCUGUGUGACAGGAUGCCAGUGUGAUGCCGGCUUCUUCUUUGAUGGCCUUUCCUGUGUUUCUGUGGAAAGCUGUGGCUGUUCUCAAGAUGGACACAACUACAAGCCCCAUGAGAUAGUUCUGCUGAACAAAUGCCAGAAAAAGUGUACUUGUGUUCCUGGUCAAGGGCUCCUAUGUGAGGCCCACUCUUGUGCCGCUGAUGAAACCUGCAGCCUUCAAGAGGGAGUCCAGGCUUGUGUGAAGGAUACCUGUAAUGUAAGUUCCCGAGGAAAGAAAUUCCUUACUGCCUUCAUAUUCAAUUAUUUCAAUUACCAGAGUAAAAAAUUGGAGCUGUAUGUCUCUGGAUAUCAUCCUGCAACAAAUAUUACAGUGUCAACAAACACUGGGAUAAUACACAGGACCAUUAAUGAAGGAGAACUCACUUCCAUUGAAUUGCCACUCUCCUUAGAAAUGGAGGGGAGUGACAUCUAUAAUAAGGCAGUGCUGAUUGAAGCUGACCAAGAUAUUUCGGUCUCUUCCUAUAGUGAUGUAUCUGCUUCAAUUGGUGGUACACUUAUCUAUCCCAUUGACCAGCUGGGACAGUUAUAUUAUGUGAUCACCCCAACAGAAGAUUCAUCUCUAAAUUUAAAAGAGUUUGCUGUUGUAGCUCAUGAGGAUCCCACAUCAGUAACCAUCCACCUAAAAGGCACUGUAACUUUCAAAAAUGAAGUUUACCAUGCUGGGUCCACCUUGGUGACUGACCUCAAGGCAUUCGAAGCAAUUCAACUUCAAAGCACAGAAGAUUUAUCAGGCAGCAGAAUUGAAUCGACCAAACCUGUGGCUGUCUUGAGUGGACAUAUCUGUGCUGUCAAGUUCACAGCCUGUGAUCAUGUUGUUGAGCAGCUCCUGCCAGUUCAGAGCUGGGGAACCACCUUCAUUGUCCCUCCUAUUCCUUUCCAGACACGACAUGAUAUUGCGUAUAUUGUUUCUGCAGAGAACACUGUACUCAAAUAUCAAUCUAGCUCCAAGCAAGAAUCCCGUACUCUGGUGGCUGGAGAAGUGGUUAAACUUGAGGUCCUGACCUCUCAACCACUUUUUAUCUCUGCUGAUGCUGGAAUUCAAGUCCAUCUAUUUUUUACUGGUUCCAGCAGUAGAGGCUAUUCCUAUGACUCCUUCCUCAUGAAUAUCCCUGCCAUAACGUGCUACUGCAAUUCAUACCAUAUUUAUGGAAAGAAGGGCUUCAUAAAUCAUGCCAUGAUUAUAGCCAAAUCAUCGGAAAUCAGGGGCAUCACAAUGGAAGGCAGGAUGAUUGAGUGGAGACAGAUCCUGGGCACCAAAUAUUCAUGGGCUGAAGAAGAUGUGGAGAUAACAGAUCGUGCCCUGUCAGUGGAACACAAGAAGGCUCCAUUUGGACUUUUCGUCUUUGGAGGUGGUAAUUCUGAUGGCUAUGGUACUGCUGCGCUUUGUUCUUCAGUAGUUCCAAGCUGCCCAGUCAAUAGCCAUUACAGAGUGUGUGCCAACCUGUGCCCCACUACUUGUGCCAAGAUCAAUGACCCUGAUCCAUGCUCAGAGACCUGUGUGACAGGAUGCCAGUGUGAUGCCGGCUUCUUCUUCGAUGGCCUUUCCUGUGUUUCUGUGGAAAGCUGUGGCUGUUCCCAAGAUGGACACAACUACGAGCCCCAUGAGAUAGUUCUGCUGAAUACAUGCCAGAAAAAGUGUGCCUGUGUUCCUGGUCAAGGGCUCCUAUGUGAGGCCCACUCUUGUGCCGCUGAUGAAACCUGCAGGCUUCAAGAGGGAGUCCAGUCCUGUGUGAAGGGAAAGUGUAAUAUAAGUUCCCGAGGGAAGAAAUUUGUUACUGCCUUCAUGCAGAAUUAUCUCACUGACAGAACUGAUAAAAAACUUGAGCUAUACUUCUCUGGAUAUCAUCUUGCAACAAAUAUUGUGGUGACAACAAACAGUGGGAAAAUAUACAGAAACAUUAAUGAAGGAGAAAUCAUUUCCAUUGAAUUGCCACUGUCUUUAGAAAUGGCAGGGAGUGACAUCUAUAAUAAGGCAGUGCUGGUUGAAGCUGACCAAGACAUUUUGGUCUCCUCUUCUAAUUAUAUAUCUUAUACAAGUGGUGGUACAUUUAUCUAUCCCACUGACCAGCUGGGACAGUUAUAUUAUGUGGUCACCCCAACAGAAGAGUCAUCUUAUAAAUUAAAAGAGUUUGCUGUUGUAGCUCAUGAGAAUCUCACAUCAGUAACCAUCCACCUAAAAGGCACCGUAACUUUCAAAAAUGUAGUUUACCCUGCUGGGUCCAUCUUUAGAACUGACCUCAAGGCCUUUGAAGCAAUUCAACUUCAAAGCACAGAAGAUUUAUCAGGCAGCAGGAUUGAAUCGACCAAACCUGUGGCUGUCUUGAGUGGACAUAUCUGUGCUACAAAAUUUGCAGGGGUUGACUAUGUUGUGGAGCAGCUCCUGCCAGUUCCAUGCUGGGGAAGCACCUUCAUUGUUCCUGCUCUUCCUUUCCAGACACAGUAUGAUAUUGCAUAUAUUGUUUCAGCAGAGAACACAUUGCUCAAAUAUCAGUCUAGCUCCAAGGAAGAAUCCCGUACCCUCGUGGCUGGAGAAGUUCUCAAACUUGAGGUCCAGAGCUCUCAACCACUUUUUAUUUCAGCUGAAGCUGGAAUCCAAGUCCAUCUGUUUUUUACUGGUGCUAAAAGAGGAGGCUAUUUCUAUGACUCCUUCCUCAUGAACAUCCCUGCCAUAACAAGCUAUUGCAAUUCAUACCAUAUUUAUGGAAUGAAGGACUUCACAAAUUAUGCCAUGCUUAUAGCCAAAUCAUCAGAAUCCAGUAGGAUCGCAAUGGAAGGAAGGUCAAUCCAGUGGACACAGAUCCCAGGCACCGAAUAUUCAUGGGCUGAAGAAGAAGUGGCGGUAACAGAUCAUGCCCUGUCAGUGGAACACAAGAACACUCCAUUUGGACUUUUCGUCUUUGGAGGUGGUGACUAUCGUGGCUAUGGUAUGGCUGCCGUUUGUUCUUCCAAUCCAAUAUCCUGCCCUGAGAACAGCCACUAUGAAGCCUGUGGAAAUGCCUGUCCAGCCACCUGCUCUGACCGUUCUGCUCCCAGCACCUGCAGGAACACCUGUGCACAAAUCUGCCAGUGUGACGAAGGCUUUGUCCGCAGUGGUGAGAAGUGCGUUCCGGUGGACACCUGCAAUUGCGUUUACCAAGGCGUGACCUAUAAGGCAGGGGAAGAGUUCUGGGGAGAUGAAGUCUGCCAGAGUUAUUGCAAAUGUGAUGCUAAAUUAGGCAAGGCUGUAUGCCAAAAGUCUUCUUGCAAGGGCAAGACAAAAUGCAGUGUGGUCAAUGGUGUCCGGGGAUGCCAUGCUGUCAGUUACAGGACCUGCAUAGGAACCGGAGACCCUCACUAUACAACCUUUGAUGGGAAGAAAUACGAUUUCAUGGGAACCUGCGUUUACCAAAUGGCCGGGCUCUGCUCCAAGGAUCCUUCCCUUACACCAUUUUUGGUCACCGUGGAGAAUAACCACCGAGGCAACAAGGCAGUGUCCUACACCAAAGUGGUGACCCUGGAGAUCUACAACUUUACCAUCAGUUUGAGCCAAGAGUUUCCCCAAAAGAUCCAGGUCAAUGGCAUCUUUGUGGAACUACCCUUUUCGUAUGAAAACAAACUGAGCAUCUACCAGAGUGGAGUUCACGGCUUCAUCAAGACAGACUUUGAUCUGAGUGUCAGCUUUGACUGGUACAGCUAUGCCAGGGUCAUUGUUCCGGACUCUUAUGCCAAUGCACUCUGUGGCCUCUGUGGUAAUGCCAAUGAAGAUCAAAAUGAUGACUUUCUCAUGAAAGAUGGAACACAAGCAGAGGAUGAAAUUCAAUUUGCAAAUAACUGGAAGUGAACA